AUCAGCCUUCUCUCAUGGAAGUACAGAGAAACAUCAGCCCCCAACAGACGAACAGCAGCAGCAUGUGCGAGUCGACUCAGAGGUCGAGCGAACCUCGCCGAAAGAGGAUGGAUGAGCGCAGUGCGCCAUCGGAGAUGGCCAGGAUAAUCACUGACCCCAUCACGGGGAAGUGCUACUGCCGUGGAAAAGUUUUGGGAAAGGGAGGGUUUGCUAAAUGCUACGAGAUGACCGACCUCUCCACCAGCAAAGUUUACGCAGCCAAAAUCAUCCCGCAUGCACGCGUCUCCAAACCUCACCAACGGGAGAAGAUUGACAGAGAAAUUGAGCUGCACCGAGCGCUGCACCACAAACACAUUGUGCACUUUUAUCACCAUUUUGAGGACAAGGAGAACAUCUACAUCCUGUUGGAAUACUGCAGCAGAAAAUCGUUAGCCCAUAUCCUGAAGGCUCGAAAAGUGCUCACCGAGCCAGAGGUGCGAUAUUACCUAAGACAGAUUGUGUCUGGAUUGAAGUACCUGCAUGAACAAGAGAUCCUUCACAGAGACCUGAAACUCGGUAACUUCUUUGUGAGUGAUUCGAUGGAGCUGAAGGUCGGGGACUUUGGUCUGGCUGCCAAGUUGGAGCCAGCGGGAAACAGGAGGAAGACGAUCUGUGGAACUCCAAACUACCUGUCCCCUGAGGUGCUCAACAAGCAGGGCCACGGCUGUGAAUCAGACAUCUGGGCCCUGGGCUGUGUAAUGUACACCAUGCUGUUGGGGAGGCCCCCAUUUGAAACCACCAACCUAAAAGAGACAUACAGGUGUAUUAGAGAGGCGCGUUACUCCCUGCCCUCCUCGCUGUCGCCACAGGCUAAGCAGCUAAUCACCAGCCUGCUCGCCAAGAUCCCAGAGGACAGACCUAACCUGGACCACAUUCUAAGGCAUGACUUCAUCACACAGGGCUUCAAUCCAGAGCGUCUGCCGGCUAGCUGUUGCCAUUCAGCACCAGAUUUCCACGUCUCCAGUCCCGCCAAGAGCUUCUUCAAGAAAGCUGCCGCGGCGCUCUUUGGUGGGAAGAGAGACAAGGUUAAAUACUAUGAAACUCUGAAUAAGUUAACCAAAGAGGAAGAGGAGAUCUACAAAAUGCAGCAUGACCUGGAGAGAACUGUCAUCAGCCAGCAACAGAGCAAAAAGAUUUCCGAGACUGGAAGUGCACUUCCGCCAUCUGCCGAGAGCCCCGUUGCCCUGGCAACGGAAAGCCAGUCGACGACACGAGAUACCAUCCGUCUGAUCGUCAGAGGGAGUCUGGGGAGCUGCAGCAGCAGCAGUGAAUGUCUAGAAGACAGUACGACAGGGAGCGUAGCUGAGACUGUUGCAAGCGUGUUGAGGGGAUGUCUGGAGAAUAUGCCUCAAGCCAACGACAUUCCUCAGGGUUCAAACUGCUGCAAUCUUCAAUGGGUGACUAAAUGGGUGGACUACUCUAACAAGUAUGGCUUUGGCUACCAAUUGUCUGAUCACACCGUGGGAGUUCUCUUCAACAACGGCACUCACAUGAGCCUCCUGCCAGACAGAAAGACCAUCCAUUACUAUGCAGAGUUGGGCCAGCACUCUGUUUUUCCCACUUGCGAGGUACCUGAACACUUUGUUGGCCAGGUCACUGUCCUCAAGUACUUUUCCCACUACAUGGAGGAGAACCUCAUGGAUGGCGGGGACCUGGGUAGUAUGACCGAUGCACACAUGCCCAGACUCUACCUUCUGCAGUGGCUCAAGUCCGACCGCGCCCUCAUGAUGCUCUUCAAUGACGGCACUUUCCAGAUCAACUUUUACCACGACCACACAAAAAUUAUCCUGUGCUGCCAGAGGGAUGAGUACAUACUGACAUACAUCAACGAGGACCGCGUCUCCAAAACCUUCAAACUCAGCUCCCUGCUGACAUCCGGAUGCCCCACUGACUUGCGCGAACGCAUGGUGUACUCCCUUAACAUGCUUCUUCAGAGAUGCAGCUAAACCUAAAAACCUUCAUCAUGUGUCAUGGGUGGCGUUACACAGACAAAUCUUGCAUUGUGCUGCCGCAUCAGUGCUACAGCAGCGCCAGGAUUCAUGAGGAAUCUGUCUGGAAAGGACGAGUUUGAGGGUGGACCUGUGAAAUUACAUUCCCUCACUGUUGCACCUUCAUGACUCAGCAGAGGUGCAGGUGAAAAAAUAAUACAGACAGACUCUGUGGCUGAGGAGAAUGAAAUGUAGCACAAUGACAGAGGAUGGUAAAGGGCUGAUUUGUAUGUUGAUUGUUGGAAGGAGAGGAAAGACUGUUGGAGCGAGUAUGUUGGUACGAAUGUGAACCCCAGAUGUUUUGGGGAAAAAAGGAAUGUUUGGGAAGUAGAGACCAAUGCUGGGCUGGCACCAGCUUAAAUGUGUACAGUGUAGUUGAUGUAGUUUUAUAGAGGCAAUCCAUAAACUGAUGCUCUGAAUGUAAACAGAGCUUGACUGUGGAACAUUGUAAAUUAUGUACAGUGUCUGUCGCAGCCGACUCAUCAAUGCAGAGAAAUGAUUUGUGGACGUGUUUGAAUGCUACAGAGUUCGGCUGUUUGUAUGUGUGAGUGAGUGGGAGACGUGUAACAUCACACUUAAUUUUAAAACUGUGAUUUGUUCUCUUUAAUGUCGGAUGGACUCAGCACUUUGAGCUGGGAAUCAGAUGGGGAGGAAAGAGGAGGAGAGAAUUGCAUUAAAAAAACAAUACUAGGGGACUUUUAAGGAUCCCUUAAGAGCCAUUAUCACUAUGGUUGAAAAUGUCCUAAAUAACUUAUUGUGUAAAAAAAAAGUGCAGUAUUUAUUUAUUUAAUAAUAAAGAGGAUUUUCUAAAAAAAAUUAAAACAAAUCUCCUGAGUACUUGUCCUUCUCUUGAGUGUUUAUACCCACUUUUAUUUCCAGACACACAAUUUUGUCUCAUUCUGCCUGAAGAUGUUAUUAAAUGUUCACUGCUAUUAGGCUUCCUAAGUCUGCCCUCAAAAUAUAUGCCUGAAUUUAAAGGGAUAAUUUG